GCUGGAGGGAACCUGGGCUUGAAACAAGGGAAGAGUGGCUCAGGAUGGUAUGCGGUGCCAACGGGGUGGAAAUCGGGGAUGGACCGCCCCUGGUUCAAGAUGCACUGCCCUGUUGAGAGCCACAUGCCUCCAGAGGGUCAGCAGCUGUAGACAUGGCCCUGGGUCCUAUCAUCUUCUUUGCGGUGCUAGGCCUUAUCUAUCACCCCCUGAUGGUCAGCGACAAGACAGACCAGGCCACACUGGACCGACAACAGAAGCACGAGGAGUUGCUGGCCAAAGAAAUGGGGCGCUUGCAAAUGGAAUUCGACCAAAAGGACUGGAGCUGGGACCCAAGACAGAAAAAGGAGGACUGGGUGGCAUCUGACCUGCCGUCUGAAGAUGGGACCUGGGAAGGGUGGCCCUAUGUGGGCCUAGUCAUCCUGGUGAUCUUUGGGUGCUGCAGGCACACCAUGGAGAAGGAGCCCCACUACGACUCCAGCACGGACAGCUCCAGCGCCUCCACCACGGACGAGUACGACGACACCGACGUGGAGCCCGAAGCGUACGAACCCAGCCAGAUGACGCUGGAGGCCUUCUACGACAGCCACGUCGAGCUGGAAACCAGCGACCUGAGCAGCAUGUGCCAUUUCGUAGAAUCCUUCGUGAAUGACUUGCUGGAGGAGUGCCGGAAAGCCCUUCCGUACCAGAACACCCUGCCUCUGAUGGAGAACUGCAUUGGGGUGGACAGCGCCUUCGAAGGAUGGCACACGCAGAAACUUUCCAAGCCCUUUGCCGUCAUCAUCCCUCUCCUGCCGCCCAAGGGCCACUCUUUCCACAUCGAAAGCAGCGACUUCGAGGGUGGCCCCAAUAAACAUGGCCACAUCUUGGUGGAGAUGGAGUGCAUGUGUAAGAGACAGCGGCUGCUGGGAGAUGUAGUGUGCUUCCUGCACCACCCUGAACAAGAGCUGAAGGAAGAGAAGCAAGGGGCUUUCCUCCUCCACGUCUUGUGCACCAGCUCCCACCUGGAUGCAGAGAAAACCGUCCAGUGGUUCCAGAGUAUGGUGGGCAAGGCCUGGGGCAAUCUCCAUCACAAGUACAACCUUGAACUCACGCCCCAGAUGUCCAGCACAACAUGUCGGCUGAAACUGGCCUUUCCGUCUGGGCGGUCCAUUUUGGUCGACAUCAUCCUUGGGGUCCAGCAAGGAGACUCUUUGGUCUUUCUGGUCAGCCACUGCGGUGAGAGCGACGACGCAAAGGGCACGAUUUGGCUGAAGGCCUUUGCGAUCCAGGAGCUGCUCUUCUUCAAAUGGGUCAGCCAGCGGGCCCCUGAGAGGAGCUGCCACCUGAAAUGCCUCCAAAUCCUCAUUUAUUUCAAGGAGUCCAGCCCAUCCAGUAAGAACCCCGUCCUCACGAACUACCAUUACAAGACUUGCCUGAUGCACCUCUUGCUCCUUCGGCCCCUUUCUGACUGGGGACCCGAGAACAUUGCGACGAGGCUCCAGGACAUCCUCUUGUACCUGCACACCGCCCUGCGCAAGAAAUACCUUGCACACUUCUUGAUCGGCAACAUCUCCUUGCCGAUCCAGAUCCCCAUGCCCCAAGUCCUCCGGAGCGCCGAGCCCCUCAAUCUUUUCGAACACUUGGCGGUGGACCCCAAACUUCAUGCUGAGGCCGUGAAGGAGUCCGUGGAAGUCGUGGAAUUAGCGAGGGCUCUGUUUUCGGACCACAAAAAGUAGCGCAGGUCGACACUUUCCCGAGUGUUUCAUCCAAGAACCGCACAUCCAAAUGGGCUGGGAAGGUGGCAGGCACUGGUGCCAGCAAUGAAACGAAACUGGGUUAGAUGGUUUCAUUGAAAAUGGAACAGUGAUCCAGGUUUGGGUGUUUUUGUAGGUCUCCCACACUUCAGAACGAUCUGGGGAAAGGCAGACAAGGGGCUUCAGACCAAAAUCGGUGUGCAUUCCUUGCACCAGUGAUGCUUCUGUAUUUUUAUACUCUCCGGUUACAAACAAAUUUGCUCUAUUAGACUUGA